AAUAUUUAUUAAUGUCUGCAGGAAACUGCUUCAACUAUAUCUAGAAGAUUACAGGAUGCCAAAGCAGCAGAAGAGAAUGCUCUGGAGAAAAGAGAACAGUAUCGUUGUGUUGCUUCUAGAGGUUCUAUUCUAUAUUUGGUCAUAAGCAGCAUGUCAGAAAUAGAUACAAUGUAUCAAUAUUCUUUACAGGCUUUUAAUUUCGUAUUUUGUAACUGCAUCAAAACCUGUGAAAAUAAUUCUGACAUGGAAAUGCAUUUGCAAAGUCUCAUGAAAAGAAUUACAGAAGAAAUAUUUAUGAAAGUGUCUCGUGGAUUGUUUGAAGAACAUAAACUUAUAUUUUCAUUUAUAUUUACGACUGCUAUUUUAAAAGAAAUAGAAAUACCUGAAAAUGAAUGGUGGUUUUUCCUUAGAGGAAUAGGAAGAAAAAUGAGAGAAUAUCCUGAAAAACCAGCCAAUCCUUCAUGGCUUUCAGAAUCAAAUUGGCAAAGCUGUUAUAUUCUAGAAGAAGCGCUAUCCUGUUUUGUCGGUUUGUCAUCACUUUUCGUAAAAUUUCCUCUCUUUAUUACAAUAGGAUCACUGGAGGUUCAAUUAAAUCCUGAUUGCCCUUCGGUGAAGACUUAUCUUCUUGAUAAAGCAGGAUUUAAUGAAAAAUUCACUGAUUUCCAGAAGCUUAUUCUUAUAAAGAUGUUUCAAGAAGAUAAAAUUAUACCGGCCAUUACUGAAUUCAUUAUUCAUCACAUGGGUCCUCUAUUUAUUGAAAAUCCGCCAAUCAAUCUGCAAACAUUAUUUCAAGAUAUGUCUAAAAUCACGCCAUUAAUAUUUAUUUUGAGUUCCGGAUCAGAUCCCAUGAGUGCAUUUCUUAAGUUUGCUUCCAAAAAAGACUACUUGGACAGAAUAUAUACGGUAUCCUUAGGCCAAAGACAAGGUCCUGUUGCAGAAAAUAUUAUUAACAAUGCAAAAAAGAAUGGAAAUUGGGUGUUUUUACAAAAUUGUCAUUUGGCUCAGUCAUGGAUGCUAACUUUGGAGAUGAUAGUUCAGAAAAUUUAUGAACGUCCAAAGGAAAUACAUGAAAAUUUCCGUCUGUUUCUCAGUUCAAUGCCAUCAAAAUCAUUUCCCGUUACAGUUUUACAAAACAGCAUAAAAGUUAUUAGUGAACCUCCCAAAGGUCUACGUGGCAAUUUAAAAAGAACAUUUCAAGAUCUAGAUGUCAAUUUAUUUGAAAAAAAUAUGCUGAAGUUGGAUUGGAGAAAGAUGAUUUUUGGACUUUGCUUUUUUCAUGCAGUUAUUUUAGAAAGAAAAAAAUUUGGCUCUUUGGGAUGGAAUAUCAAGUAUGAAUUUAGUGAUAACGACUGCACUUGUGCAAUAGAAAUGCUAAAAGUCAUAUGCAAAGAUGGCAUUAUUCAUUGGGAUGCUCUGGAAUAUUUAACUGGAGAGAUAACUUACGGUGGACGAAUCAUGGAUAUGUGGGAUUUAAGAUGCUUAAAAACUGUCUUAAAAGGUUUCUUUUCCCCAGACAUUCUUCGACAGGGUUACAAAUAUUCUGCUUCAGGUAUAUAUUAUGCUCCAGAAGCAAUGUCACUCGAUGAAUAUCGAGCUUACAUCGAUAGCUUACCAUUGAUUGACAAACCAGAAAUAUUUGGCAUGCAUGAAAAUGCAAAUAUAAGUUAUCAGGUAAAUGAAACUACCAAGUUAAUUUCAACGAUUUUGGAAGUACAACCUAAAAGUCAGGUUGCCGGAAUUGGAAAAUACGACGAUGAAGUGAUCUUUCAAAUGGCAAAUGACAUUCUAGAAAAAUUAGAUGACAAGCUGGAAUACGACGGUUUCAAAAUACAGUCACAAAAGUCAAAAUUCCAAGGAUCAUGUAACCUACCCAAAACUAAUCAAAUUUGUUAUUUGCAGAGCUCUUUGAAAUUAUUUCAAAAAGCCAUCAGAGGUUUUGUGGUUAUGAGUGAAAAUCUUGAAGACAUUUACAAAGCAUUCUUAAAUAAUCAGGUUCCGCAUCUUUGGUCAAAGUCAUCUUAUUUAUCAAUGAAAUCGCUUGGAAGUUGGAUCAAUGAUUUAGUGUUGAGAAUGGAAUUUUACAAGCACUGGAUUUUUUAUGAGAAGCUAGAUUCAUACUGGUUACCAGCUUUCUUUCAUCCACAAGGUUUUUUAACAGGAAUUUUGCAAAAUCAUGCCAGGAAACAUAAGUUGCCAAUAGAUCAACUAAAUUUUCAUUUUCAAGUAAAAGCAUUUUACUUAUCUCAAGUGGAAUUUUCGAAAUACUUAAAAGAAGCUGCUGGAAAUGAUGAAUUGCCUGCAUUAAAUCUCCCAAAAACUCGGAAUGGAGUUCACAUACAUGGACUGUUUCUAGACGCAGCUGAUUUUGACAUUUUGACAACAAAACUGUGUGACGCCCAACCAGGAGUGAUAAAUCCUCCACUUCCGGUGUUGCAUGUGGAACCAGAUAUUAAUUACGAACCGUCACACAGGCAUUAUCUUGCUCCAUUAUAUAAAACUGCAGAGAGAGCAGGAACAUUAUCUACUACUGGUCACUCUUCAAAUUUCAUAAUUGCCAUUCCUCUUCCAUCUGCUCAUUCUCAAAGUUUUUGGAUCAAGAGAGGCACUGCAAUUUUGUGUCAGAUAACUGAAUGAGACUGUAAGAAAGCCUAAACGUUGACUGAAAUAAUUGUUUUUGAAUGUGGCAUGCGUUAUUCUAUUUCAUUCUUGUUAAUUUCGUUUUUGGUUUACCCUGCAUUUUAAAGUUUAAUCCCAAUGUAAAUAAUUUCAUAAACACUGAAGUAAAAUGAAAUUUAUUCAUUUUGUUUAACUGUGAUGUGAUUUAAUAGAUAAAUAUAAAUCCAUUGAU